GUGAGAAGAUUAUAAGAAGAUGGAAGGAAAAUACAAUACAAAAUCACCAGGAUAUAUUGCGUACACUCCUACUUCCAACAUUCAGGCAGACAACAGAUAAUUCACACUUCCGUCUGUUUCUGCGUCAGAGAUAUCAGAAAAGGCGUACAAAUUCUAUUUUUCCUAUAAAAUUGAAGAUUAGAACAUAAUUUCUACGGAAAAAGUGAAGAAUUCCGAAAAAUCUCGAUUUGAAUUGAAGUGACUUUGGUGGAUUUUCUAACCUUGUUCAUGGACGAACAGUUUCUACAAUUCAUUUGAACUUUGAAUAGUGAACAGUGAAGUAUUUGAACAUAUUUAAAUCAGUUCUGGACUGAAUGGUAAUCAACGACAAUGAGAACUCACAAGGUGAACACAUUACUAAUAAUUCUACCGCUGUUUAUUGUUUCGAUCUUCUGUAAAGAUGGAAUACAGCCACUGUUCCAGCCUGGGGACAAGGGGGGCACGACAAGUGCUCCUAAAAAGGGGGAUGAAAAGAGCCCGUUUUCUACCCUCCGCCCCCUCUCUGAUCAGUGCUUUUGUAAGCUGGAAGGUCAGAUAGAUGAUUGUUCCUGUAAGGUGGAUACAGUUGAUGAUUUCAACAACAAGAAAAUAUAUCCCAGGAUCAAGAGCCUUCUUAGCAAAGAGUUCUUUAGAUAUUUUCAAUACCAACCGCACAAGAAAUGCAGAUUUUCUUUUCCUUCUUCUGGGAAAUGCACCAGUUCGUACUGCCAGGUGAAAAGUUGUUCUGCAGAUGACCUUCCUCCGGGACUAAAUGGACAAAUAGCUGAAACUGGUCAUACGCAGAUUUUGGAGAAUAAAUAUUCGGCUUCAGCUCAACGACCUCAAAACUGCGAUGAUGCUUCGGACACUCUUGGACAGGUAGAUUCUACGCUGUCUGAGACUGCUAGCAGGGAUAUUGAUGAAUGGAGAAUGCAUGAUGAAUCUUCACAGUUCUGUGAUAUCACAGAUCAAUCCUGUGAGGACUGUAUUCAUGUUGAUCUCACACUUAAUCCAGAAAGGUAUACUGGGUAUUCUGGAAUUGCAAGCCGAAGUAUCUGGAAAUCUAUUUAUGAAGAAAACUGCUUUAGUCUCACAGGCCUGAACCCUAUGGAAGCAUUCAGUUCCUCCUUCAGGUCAGACAAGCUGAACGCACUGUGCCUGGAGAAGCGUGCGUUCUUUAGGGCAAUCUCAGGGUUGCAUUCAAGUAUUACUAUUCACCUUGCUGCUAACUAUCCCAUUAAGGAGUCUAGCACCCCCUUCCUGGUCAACUCUGCAGAAUGGGGCCCAAACCUUGAACUUUUCCACCAGAGAUUUGAUCCUGAGAAUACUGAAGGUCAGGGACCCUACUGGUUAAAGAAUUUAUAUUUUGUUUAUCUCCUGGAGUUAAGAGCACUGGCUAAAGCAGCUCCAUACCUAGCCAACCAAUCAUACUUUACAGGUCGCGAAGAUGAUGACUUGGAGACAAGUCUGGCUGUUCAAGAUCUUCUCAACCUUGUCGAAUCAUUCCCGGAACAUUUCGACGAAACAUCAAUGUUUGUUGGCGGGAAGCAAGCAAAGGAGAUGAAGCUUGAGUUCCAAGGCCACUUUAAAAACAUUACAAGAGUGAUGGAUUGUGUUUCCUGUGAUAAAUGUAAACUCUGGGGUAAACUACAGAUUACUGGUUUGGGAACUGCACUGAAAAUAUUAUUCUCGGGGGAAUUCGAACCUUCUAAUUCUUCAGCUCUACCUGUUCUACAUAGUGGAUUACAGUUAACCCGAAAUGAAAUAGUUUCUCUUUUCAACGCUUUUGGAAAAAUAUCAACCAGCAUCGUUGAACUCCAGCGCUUUAGGGACCUACUCAAGGCCAGAUGACAUCAGUAGGGUCCUACUCUUUGCGUGGUUUUAUCAGUAGGGGCCUGCUCAUUGGUGUAUAUUAUCAGCGAGGACCUAAUUAAUCAAUUAAGGACCUACUCAUCAUAAUGGGACGUUAACAGGGUCCUUUUGUUUUCCAGAAUUCAUUGAUUUUUGUUAAAAAGCAUCACCUUUGCAUAAUGCAUAUAAUCACGGAUGUCGAGAGUUAUCUAUAGGGCUUCAAAAGGGACCUAUUGAUUGCACUAAAAUCACCAAUUUAGGUUGAUAAUACAUCUCAUGGUACAUAUUCAAUGCCUGAUGCCAUUAAGAGUAAUCGAAUUAUUCUGAAAAAUGCGAAUACCGAUCUUUCCCAAAAAGUAGAGAAACUUUCAAUAAACAAAGUCUUUGAUUUACGCGGCAUUCAUUCUUUAACUUUAUCAAACUAACUUCAACUUUAAGAGAAAUAAUUAGGUAUUUGGAUUGGAAGGCAGAGGCCUAAAGAUGACAUUAAUGUCAAUCAACAGAAGACUGAAAUUUUUCCAAAUUAUUUGGUGGGUGAAACAUUUUUCUAUCUCUUCAACAAACCCUGAAAAAAGUCGCAAAAUUUUUAUGAAUUUUAAAAAGCGUGUAAACUAUCAUUAUAUUGAUUGCAAAUUGUUAUGUAAUAAUUAUGUUAUAUAUUUUAUGAAAAGAUUGAAGAAGGCUUUUUAAGAAAAUUUCUGAUUUAUUUAGUAUAAUUUUCCAUUCUUGAAAAAAAUACCUACUGUGUUUUGAAUUUUAGUCUCCUCCCUUUAAAGUAAGUGUUCUUGAGAGGGGGGUUUAUACUACUCAUUAUUUAUUUACACAAAUUUUUAGCAAAAUUAUUUUUUGUAGAUUAUGUAUAAAUAUUUGUCUGUUUAUUAUCAAACCUUGCCAUAAUUCAUUUAAUGCUCCUAUUUUUUAAUACAUCUGAAGUCAUGUACUUGCUAAUUACUAUAACUGUACCUUCAGUUUUUUCCAAUUGUCGAUUUUAUUUUUAAGUACCUUUCUGCUCAAAUCCAUGUCGUAUGAAGUUAAUUACGUACUAAACUACUAGUUUUUUAAUGGAGGCUUAUUCAGGAGGGUUAAAUAAUAACCCCCCCCCCCUCUUUUUUUCCUGGCAGUAUUAAAAAAAUUUUAAAACUUUGCCAAACUUUUUAAAAAGUUAUUCAAAUAAAAUGCAUUUUCCUACAAUAUCAUGUAAGAGCCUGAGGCAGUGGAUAGCAUGAAAAGCAAAAAUUUAUCUUUAACAUCUUCUAUACAAAAUUAGAUUAGAGUACACACUACACAGUAAACACUGCCGGGACUAAAUUUCCAAGUCGUGGUUAUGUUCGAAACCUGCCACUUGGAGACAGGGUUGGGUUACACCAAGGUUCAGAACUUUCGUCCCUUGCAGUGCAGUAAUUGGGCAGUCAAGAAACCGGGUUUGUUUUUAACAGUAAAAAAGUUAGGAAAUGUUAAAUAACUUAAAUUCUAUUUGAUGAGUUAAAAGUGAAAAUUUUAAAUCGAUCCAACCAUAAUAUUUUAAGAUCCUUGAAUUAUAAAUGUCUACGGUAUAUAAAAUGGCGAUGGAGAUUAUUUAUGUUGGUUAAAUCUUAAUAUAUAUAU